AUGGCUGCAGUUGCUUGCAGCACUAAGGCGAUAUCCCUUUUCAAGCGGACCUUGUCUCUGAGCCCUGCCACCACGCCUCGUGGCGCAGGUUCAGGGACUCCUUCUCGGGGCUGCCCCUUCCCUUCCUCUGCCUGGCCUUCCCGGGACUGGCCGCGGGGAGAAGGCGUCAGUGGCCGACUCCGAAGCCCGACAGCAGCCAGAUGCCUGUCCCUGUCCCAUUCCUGCUCCUCAGCUUCACCCACCUCGGCAUGUCUUCUCUGCCCGCAGGACUCGCUGAGCAACAGCUUGAAAACCUGCUACAAGUAUCUGAAUCAGACCAGUCGAAGUUUCGCAGCUGUUAUCCAGGGACUGGAUGGGGAAAUGCGCCAUGCAGUAUGCAUAUUUUAUUUGGUUCUUAGAGCUCUGGACACUGUUGAGGAUGAUAUGACCAUAAGUAUAGAAAAAAAGAUCCCCAUGCUACACAACUUUCACUCUUACCUUUAUGAACCAGACUGGCGGUUCAUGGAGAGCAAGGAGAAGGAUCGACAAGUGUUAGAGGAUUUUCCAACGAUAUCCCUUGAGUUUAGAAAUCUAGCUGAAAAAUAUCAAACUGUGAUUGUUGAUAUUUGCCAGAAGAUGGGAUAUGGAAUGGCAGAGUUUUUGGAUAAGCAUGUGACCUCUGAGCAAGAAUGGGACAAGUACUGUCACUAUGUUGCUGGAUUGGUGGGAAUUGGCCUUUCCCGUCUGUUUUCAGCUUCACAGUUAGAAGACCCUGAAGUUGGUGAAGAUACAAAGCUUGCCAACUCUAUGGGCCUAUUUCUGCAGAAAACAAACAUCAUUCGUGAUUAUCUGGAAGAUCAGCGAGAAGGAAGAGAGUUUUGGCCUCAGGAGGUUUGGAGUAAAUACGUUAAGAAGCUGGGUGAUUUUGCCAAACCAGAGAAUAUUGACUUGGCUGUCCAGUGCCUGAAUGAACUUAUAACCAAUGCGUUACACCACAUGCCAGAUGUCAUCACCUACCUUUCAAGGCUCAAGAACCAAAGUAUAUUUAAAUUCUGUGCUAUUCCACAGGUAAUGGCCAUUGCUACCUUGGCUGCUUGUUAUAAUAAUCAGCAGGUAUUCAAAGGUGUCGUGAAGAUUCGAAAAGGGCAAGCCGUGACACUAAUGAUGGAUGCUACCAAUAUGUCAGCUGUCAAGGCUAUAAUCUACCAGUAUAUGGAGGAGAUAUAUCAAAGAAUCCCCAACUCAGACCCAUCUUCUAGUAGAACAAGGCAGAUCAUCUCCACCGUCAGGACACAGAACCUUCCCAAUUGUCAGCUGAUCUCCCGAAGCCACUACUCUCCCAUUUAUCUGUCCUUUGCCAUGCUCUUGGCUGCCCUAAGCUGGCAGUACCUGAGCACCCUGUCCCAGGUCACGGAAGACUAUGUGCAGACGGGAGAGCAUUAA